AUGGAAACAAAAUUGAAAAAAAUAAGAAAUGAACUCAAGUCCAAGAAAGGAAAAUCUCAUUGGAGUGAAGGUUUAUUACAAGCCAUGAAGGAUCCUGAAUUAAUUGUAUUUGAAGAUAAAUCAACAGUUGCAUUGUAUGAUUUGUAUCCGAAAGCUAGUUUUCAUUAUCUGGUUUGUCCGAAAAAAAAUUUACCUUCUAUAAAAAGUGUAGAAGUAAAACAUUUAGAUUUAUUAAAACAUAUGCAUGAAGUAGCUGAAAAAUUGUGUAACAAACAUGAAAAUGUUAAUUUUCUAAUCGGUUAUCAUUCAAUUCCAAGUAUGAUAAGAUUACAUUUGCAUGUUAUUAGUACAGAUUUUGAUUCGCCUUGUAUGAAAACUAAAAAACAUUGGAAUAGUUUUACAACAGAAUUUUUUUUACCCAGUGAUAUGGUAAUCAGAGAACUUGAAAAUAGUGGAAAAUUGUCAUUUAAAACUACAUCAGAAUAUAAAAAUUUUUUGGACAAAAAGUUAAAAUGUCAUAAAUGUGAUUAUGAGCCCAAACAUAUGCCUGAUUUGAAACAGCAUACAAAAAUUCAUUUUAGUUCUGAUUAA